CAGCGGAAGGAGGAAGCGCCAUGGCCGACACCUGGUCCGGCUUCUCGCAGGAGGAGCUGCGGCGCUUGCAGUGUCAGCGCCCAGAUUUGUAUGAACCCUUUGAGCAGCAGCAGCAGCAUCGCCCACACACUGCGAAUAAGACUCGGAAGCAAUUGCAACGAGAAAAAGCCCUCCAGCAACAAUGUCAGAAGCUGGGACUGCAGGGUGGAGCAGCCUGCAGCCUGCAGCCUGUUCCUCCUGAGCAGCUGCUUUCUGUACCAAAACCCAAGCCUUGUCAUCCUCAGCAGCCUGUGCCACCACCUCAGCCUUCUUCGGCAGGAGAUCAAAAGCAAAGUGACAGCCGAGACCAGCAGAAGGGAGUGGCACCAGCAGAUCCCUGUAACGGCAGUGACAGUGUCCAGACCCAUCCUGCAAAGGCAAACUCCAAAGUGGAGAAAAAGAAAGUGGAAUUGCAGGAAAAAUCACGAUGGGAAAUCCUCCAGCAGGAGCAGCGGCUGAUAGAAGAGAAGAAUAAACGCAAGAAGGCACUCCUGGCCAAAGCCAUUGCUGAGAGAUCCAAAAGAACUCAAGCUGAAACAGUGAAACUCAAAAGGAUUCAGAAGGAGUUGCAAGCUCUGGAUGACAUGGUGUCUGCUGACAUUGGCAUCCUGCGGAACCGCAUUGAUCAGGCCAGCUUGGACUACUCCUAUGCCCGGAAGCGGUAUGAUAAGGCCGAGUCGGAGUACGUGGCAGCCAAGCUGGACCUCCAGCACAAGACUGAGAUUAAGGAGCACCUGACGGAGCACCUGUGCACCAUCAUACAGCAGAAUGAACUCCGCAAGGCCAGGAAGCUGGAGGAGUUAAUGCAGCAGCUGGAAGUGGAGGCAGAUGAGGAAAAUCUGGAACUUGAGAUAGAGGUGGAGCGGAUGCUGCAGCAGCAGGAGGCAGAAGCAGGGAGACAAGCCAGCCGGUCACACAGUCACGCUGGGACAGCUAAGGAAAACCCCACUCCCAGUGUUGCAGCGCGGGAGAGUGAGCAUGCCAACCAUGAUGUCACUUCUGCUACAUCUGAACAGUUGGUUCAGUCUCAAAACUCUGGUACCAAAUCCCUCUCCAGUGUGGACAGCCAAACUCAAGCAGUAAAAGUGACCCCCGGAAGCUCCCCAGCUUGUUCUGCUACAUGACUACCAGGCUCAGAUAAGCCAGCUGGUUACAGAUUAAACACUGUCUGCGGGCUUGUGCGCUGUAUGUUAUAUCUGGUCUUCUGCAGUGCCUGUAAUAUGCACUUAAUAACUAUCUUUUCCUUUAAUGUUGUUUUUAAGUGUUAAAAGCCUUUUUUUUUUACAAGGUUCCCAUUUGGGGGUUCACCAUCUGUCAUCAUCAUUCUGGUUUAAGUUCAUCCAGCUCUUCUCAGGGCUUUGUGCCUUCCCGAAACAAGAUAUUUGAAAGCCAACAGUAGAGUUUUUGCCAAGGGCUUUCAGUAUAUCAAUAUCACAGAUACCUGGUCCAAGCAGUGAUAGGUAUCUGCAGGAGAAAACAUCACAACUUGGUCUGCUUCUGAACGUAUUCUCUCCUCUGACAGCUUCAGUAGGAUGUUUGCCUGCCUUUGUAUCCAUAAGGGAUUUAGUUUCCA